AUGACAACUCCAAGAAGAAACACUUUCUCACUUAAAUACAAGGAACCUAAGCUUGACAAUCUGAAAGGUUUGAUCUCUGAUUUGACUCUUAGUAAGCGUGAUGACUUUAGAAAAGACUAUGGGAAAUUUUUGAGCCUUAUGACUAAGAAAGUUGACUAUGGGAUUAUCAGCUCUUUGGCACAAUAUUCUUAUCCACCUCUACACUAUUUCACAUUCGUUGAUUUCCAACUAGCUCAUACUUUGGAAGAAGUUGAGAGAAUCGUGGGUCUAAAGUUGAAAGAUUUCAAUCCAUUUCUAAAGCUCGAAGAGGAAGUGGGCCCAAAGAAGAUAGUUUUAGCCCUAAGUAUCAAUGUCCCAAUUGUUCUAGCCAAUUGGGUCGAGAAAGGGGGUUUCAAAGGUUUUUCCAUGAGGUUCUUGGAAGAAUUAGCUCUGAAGUUCAAGAAAGAAGGAAAUUGGAACACAUUCUAUGUUGUGUUGGCUUUAUUGAUCCAUGGGAUUGUGCUCUUCCCAAACGUUGAAAAGUUUGUGGAUCAUGUAGCCGUAGAAGUCUUUCUCUCUGGAAAUCCUGUACCAUUUCUCUUAGCUAACAUUUACCAUGCCCUUCACGCUCGACAUGAAAAGAGGGGUGGAACUUUGUUAUGCUGUGCUCCUUUGUUUUAUACUUGGUUCAUGCAACAUAUGCCCGAAAAAGGCCACUUUAUGGCAAAUGAACUUAAAUAUCCUCAAAGACUAGCUUCUCUCACUGCAAGUUCUAUUAGAUGGUAUAUCCGAGAGUGGGAAACCCCAUACAUCAUUGUCAGUUGUGGGGAAUUUCCUAAUGUUCCGUUGUUAGGUACUAAGGGUUGCAUCAAUUAUAACCCUAUGUUAUCUCGAAUGCAACACAGCUACUCCAUGGAUGGCCUUCCUGAAGUAAAGAACUUACAACCAUUUGUGCUCUUUGAUAUCCAAGCAAGUAAUCCUGAUGUAAGAGUGAUCCGAAAGGCUUGGUUGAAGAUUGUUAGGAAGAGUAAAGAGUUUGGAAAAAUAAACACUCUUGUCAAAGAACCUUACACUCGAUGGGUGAAAAAAAGAGUUGAAGAAAUUCAUUUGCCAUUUAUCUUUAAUGCUUCAGCUUUUCCUAAAGUUCCUGAGUCAAAGCCCAUAUUCCCUAAGGAAAUGGAGAAACUCGUUGCUAAGGUUAAGGAGCUCGAGUUGGAGAAUACCGAAUUACGGAUUCAGAUGUACCGAGCUAUCUUGGAAAAUCAAAAUUUGAAGGAUGAACAUAAGGGGAAAGCCCAGGAACUUGAAGAUAUUAACAAGAGAGCCAGGCUAUUGGAAGACCAGAAGGACGAAAAGUUGUCAUGUGAGAUACUCCAAAAGGAAGAAGCUGAAAGAAACUGUCACCACCUCAAGUACCGGUUGGAAGAAGCUAAUAGGAGGUUUGCAGUUUUGGAGAGCCAAGAAGGUGAUGCAACCUACUUGCUUCUAAAGAAUGUUUGCGUGUAUCGGAAAAGGCUGUAUAGAGAGACUAGGGUAGCCUUAGAUGAAGAUCAGCAGGUCAUCAAGAAACUCCAAGAGCUCUAUAUUGAAUGGAAUGGCAAAUUCCGCAACUUAGCUAGAUUUUUUAACCUUAACAUGUUGGAACUCCCAGAAAAACUCCAAGAAGUCGUUUGGUGUAUGUGUCCAGAAAACACACCUCCUCAAGUUUUCAAUUUUGUCAAGUUUUGCAAGAAAAUGGUGAAGGAGCUCACCAUAGAUCUUGCUACGAUCAUAAGAGCUGAGACGGAGCUUAAGUUUACUUGUACUUGA